AUGGGCCCCUAUACCGCCUCCUCAUGCUGCUGCCAGGCCCGUAAUCUGCCAUGGGCCCCUGUACCGACUCCUCAUGCUGCUGCCAGGCCCGUAAUCUGUCAUGGGCCCCUGUACCGCCUCCUCAUGCUGCUGCCAGGUCCAGAGUGUGUCAUGGGUCCCUGUACGGCCUCCCAUUGCUGCUGUCUCUAUCGCCACACUCUGCCAUGUGCCACUUUCAGGUCUCCUCACACUGCUGGUGGUUUCCAUUUUUGUCAUAGGGUGCUGUAUGGCCUCCCAUUGCUGCUGCCUCCACCGCCACACUGUGGCUCCACACUCUGGUUUUGGCCCCGUGACUGCCCAAAUGAGUGAAGUGUGCGGUGAUUCUAAGAUCGACGGCACUCAUCUGCAUGUCAUACUGACUGACAGUAUUAUUUCUCUUCCCCAGCAGACUCCAAGGGCAUUUAAAUUAAAGGUACAGUGUUCUGCACUAAUAUUA